ACUUCACAUCUCUGGCCAUGGCUACUUCUCCAUCUGAUAAACUCGUCCAAGAAGAAGAAGAAGUGGGAACAGAGGAGGUUGUUGAUCCCGCCAAAACAACCAAGGAAGAAGACGAAGUGCGAACAGAAGAAGACCAAGCGCGAACAGAGGAGGCUGAUCCCGAAAAAACAACCGAGGAAGAAGACGAAGUGCGAACAGAGGAAGACAAAGCACGAACAGAGGAAGAAGAAGUGAGAACAGAGGACGUUGAUCCCACCAAAACAACCGAGGAAGAAGACGAAGUGCGUACAGAGGAAGAUGAAGUGAGAACAGAGGAAGACGAAGUGAGAACAGAGGAAGAAGAUGAGCCCAAGGAAGAAGCUAUCGAGAGCCUUCUUGAAUCUACUCGUAAUCUCAACAUAGAAGACGAAGAGACCAACCAAGGAGCUGAGAAUCAGAAUCGUCAAGAAGAUCCGAUCACGACUCAUAGGAGCGACCAAACAAUGGACCGUGGCUCAACAUCGCUUGCAAGUGACCAGAACCGUCCUCUUGAUUCUGAUCCCAACACUUCUCCUAUUAGUCUCAGCGUACAAGACCAAGGAACCGAGAACCAGAAUCCUCAAGAACAGUCAAUGAUUCCUAGGAGCGGUCAAAGGAUGCAACGUGGCUCAACAUCUUCUGCAAGGCAUCAGAACCAAAACCGUCCUCUUGUUCUUCCGAAUCCUCCUUCUCAACAGAUGAUGAUGCCUCCUCGUCUUGGACCAAGCGUGCCUCCAUAUCAGCAAGACCUUUUCGGUUUGCCCCCGCAGCCAAGAUGGCUCGUAGUAGACCACUUCUACUCAGACGGGCUCGGUCUAUACAGUGCACAAUGGAGAUUCCGAACCAUCACUCCUUUUCUCCCAAACCAGAACACAUAUCCGCAUCAGCUGGUGCCGAUGGAGCUCCCCGGUCAGCCUGGAACUGAAUUAGUAUGCUACAGCCAGUCGUUCGGUGUGCUUCGGCAGGGCCAACUCGUUCCCCACCAGGAAGCUCCUCCGAUGAGGCCGCAGCAGCAGAACCAGUUUCGAAGUCUACCUCCAAUGAGGCCAAUGCUGCCACAGGACGACUUCGUUGUCCAUCUAGGUCAAGUCCCGGUGAGGCCAAUGAUGUAUUACCAGGAACAGAACCAGAUUGUUCCCAACGCGGGCAUACAAGCUCCGGCGAGGCCAAGUCUACCCCAAGUCAGAGCUCCGAUGAUGCAGCCACCGGUGCUUUUAUAUCCGCCACCUAUAGUUAACGCUGUACCAGUGAGGCCAAUGAUGAACCAAGGAGGAGGACAACGGUUUAGGUUCCCCAUGAUUCAGCACCACCAAGGUUCUCCCAGUGCACCGUGGCCUGAGCAGAAUCAGCAACUUCAGUCUCCAAGGGAGUCUCAGGGUUCCAACGAUGGACCGUUUUCUUCUGGCGGAAGUCAAGACUAGAGCAUAAGAGGUGUUAGGUAAAAAGUUUUUAAAAGUUUUUAAAAGAUACAAAAUGAUCUCAGAUUGAUUUUGAUAAUUGUAAAUGAAAGCUUGAUUACUCUUUUUUACUCAAAGAUUUAGCAGAGGUUUAAACCUCAUCGUUAAAUAAGUAUACUACAAGGUCUUUAUAGUUUGUUUCUUCUCCGUCGAUAAUGUCACGUGUAUUUCAUAUGGUCUAAGAUAGUAACUAAAAGCUGAUUACAAAACCAUGAAUUUUUAAAUGAGAUGAAUCACCUUUUGAAUAAUGUUAACGGGCCAGAGAAAUCGAAGAGAGGCCUUUUAGUGUAAUAAACGAGCCCAUUAAGUAGACUUUAAACCGUAACAGCGUCCCACACCGGCUGUGUAAGAAGAAGAGGCUGCGUUUAUAUAGCGACGGAGUCAAGUAGGUGAUUGUCCCUUCGGGGACAUCCGAUAAAAUUGGAACGAUACAGAGAAGAUUAGCAUGGCCCCUGCGCAAGGAUGACACGCACAAAUCGAGAAAUGGUCCAAAUUUUU